AUGUUACCUAAUUCAUUAUUUAUUUUAUCAAUUAAUAUAUUCACAAGAUUUAUUAGAGCCCCAAUAAUUAUAAUCUAAAACCAAAACCCUAUUGAUCUUCUCUAAUAUUUUUAUUCUACUCUUUUCAGUAAAAUAUUCUUAUGUAAGGAAGAUAUUAAAAUUUAUCCUAUUUAUUGGAACAUCGAUUAUAUUCUCACCUACAUUAUAACAAUCACUAAAAUUCAUGGCUAUACUUUAAUUCUUAACUUUUUUCUCAUCUUAACUUAAUCAAAAGAUUUUCUUGAUGAUAUAAUAUAGAAAUCUCAAAAAUUAAUUUAUAUUUUUUGGAACUUUUGCCUUCAUUCUAUUUAAUUUACUUCAUUUAAUUGUUUAUAAUUCAUAAUAUAGGAUAUUUUAUCCACCUAGUCUUUGAUUUUAUAUUGUUGUUUUAUUUACACACUUAAUUUUAUUAUUGAUUUAAAUAUAUAUUUUUACAAGUUUAUCAAUAAAUAUACUUAAGGUAUAUGAAUCAAUUAUUAAAUUAAUAACAGUUCUGAAGAUUUUACUUUGAAUUUUCAAGUACUCUUAAAAAAGCACUUUUUAUUUUAUUGGUAACUUACAUCUCAUUUUUAUUUAUAUUAAUUUUAGUCCAAUUAAAAAAUUCUUUGAAUAUUUAUUACAAUAUUCUAUUAGCUUUAAUUAACACCUAAAUUUUGCAAUAUAAUUAUUUAUUUGGUUCGAAUCCUUAUAUUUAAAAUAUCUAAAUUUUGAGGAUCAAAAUUAAUAGGAAUUGAAGCAUGUGAUAUUAAAGAGAGUGAUCAAUAUUCAUAUGCUUAUAUUUAAACAUAAAGAUUUACAUAAAUUUAAUUAACAAAUAAUAUCGGAAUUUCAGGUAAUCCAUAAAAAGUAGAAGAAAUGGUUAACUCAAGAGAUUUAUCUAAUAUUAAUUUAAAAUAUUUUAAUUGUAAAUUAGAAACUUAAAACAACUUAAAGUUUAUGGAUUUGA